AUGGCAGACUUGGAAGCUGUCCUGGCUGAUGUUAGCUAUCUGAUGGCAAUGGAAAAGAGUAAGUGUACUCCAGCUGCCAGAGCCAGUAAGAAGAUAAUUCUACCUGACCCUAGUGUUCGAAGCGUGAUGCACAAGUAUUUAGAGAAAAAAAAUGAGGUUAAUUUUGAUAAGAUCUUCAAUCAAGUUUUAGGUUUUCUUCUCUUUAAAGACUUUUGUGAAAACAUAUCAGAAGAAGCGGUUCCUCAGCUUAAGUUCUAUGAAGAGAUAAAGGAAUAUGAGAAACUAGACAAUCCCGAAGACCGGAGGAAAUCUGCUCGUCAGAUAUAUGAUAAAUUUAUCAUGAAGGAGCUUUUAGCUCGUGCCCAUGAUUAUCCUAAAGAUGCUGUAGCUCAUGUGCAAAAGUAUUUAACUAAAAAUGAAGUUCCGGUCAACCUAUUUGAGCCAUACAUACAAGAAAUUUUCAACCAUCUAAGAGGAGAACCAUUUCGAAAGUUUCUUGAAAGCGAAAAAUACACAAGAUUCUGCCAAUGGAAGAAUUUAGAACUAAAUAUUCAACUUACAAUGAAUGACUUCAGUGUUCACCGGAUCAUUGGUCGAGGUGGGUUUGGUGAGGUCUACGGGUGCAGGAAGGCAGACACUGGCAAAAUGUACGCUAUGAAAUGCCUUGAUAAGAAAAGGAUCAAGAUGAAACAAGGAGAGACAUUAGCACUCAAUGAAAGGAUAAUGCUGUCUCUUGUCAGCACAGGGGUUGAUUGCCCUUUCAUUGUGUGUAUGACAUAUGCCUUUCACACACCCGAUAAGCUCUGCUUCAUACUAGAUCUUAUGAAUGGUGGUGACUUGCACUAUCAUCUUUCUCAACACGGAGUCUUCAAUGAAAUAGAAAUGAAAUUCUAUGCAGCCGAAGUCAUUCUUGGGUUAGAGCAUAUGCAUCGAAGGUAUAUAGUCUAUCGAGAUUUAAAGCCAGCUAAUAUCCUCCUGGAUGAACAUGGCCAUGUCAGGAUCUCUGACCUGGGAUUAGCAUGUGAUUUUAGCAAGAAGAAACCACAUGCUAGUGUGGGAACCCAUGGCUAUAUGGCUCCAGAAGUGCUGUCUAAAGGCACUGCAUACGACUCAAGUGCUGAUUGGUUCUCUUUUGGGUGUAUGCUCUACAAAUUGUUGAAGGGGCACAGUCCUUUUCGGCAGCAUAAAACCAAGGACAAACAUGAGAUAGAUCGCAUGACACUUACAAUGAAUGUAGAGCUGCCAGAUUCCUUCUCAAACGAUCUCAGGGAUCUUUUGGAAAGGCUUCUUCAGCGUGAUAUAGAUAAGAGACUAGGCUGUGGUGGUAGAGGGGCUGAUGAAGUGAAAGAGCACUCGUUCUUUGAUGGUGUGGACUGGCAGCAGGUCUAUGUUCAGAAGUACCCCCCACCACUUAUACCUCCCAGAGGAGAGGUCAACGCUGCUGAUGCUUUUGACAUCGGAUCAUUUGAUGAAGAAGAUACCAAAGGCAUUAAGUUAACAGAAGCAGAUCAGGAGCUGUAUAAAAAUUUCCCAUUAGUGAUAUCAGAGAGAUGGCAAGGUGAGGUUGCAGAAACUGUCUUCGAAACUAUUAAUCAGGAAGCUGACAGGUUAGAACAAAAGAAAAAGGCUAAGCAAAAGCAGCGGUUUGACACAGAUGAGAAAGAAUCUGAUUGUAUCCUACAUGGCUACAUAAAGAAGCUGGGUGGCCCCUUUGCUUCUGCUUGGCAAACGCGUUAUGCUAAACUUUAUCCUAAUCGACUGGAGCUUCAUCCCGAGUCUGGAAGUACCAAGCCAGAGCUUGUGUUCAUGGAUCAGGUCGAGGAAGUAUCUCCCGAUCUUGUCACGGUUAAAGGAGAGCAGUGUAUCAACAUCAGGACCAGGGAGGCCAAGGUUGUCCUUACAAACUCUGAUGACAUUGGGUUGAAGGAGUGGCUCCAGUCACUAAGGUCUACCCAUAAAUGUUCUCUAGAGCUGCUCGGAAACAUGGCUAAAAAAGCUGGCAAAAUUUAUGGAACCGAGCGAGACAAACAGGACAAGGUGAUUACUCCCAGAACUACAAACGGUAACUGA